AUGAAGGCCUCGCUUCCCCUCUCCUCUGGCCUGCUCCUCGUCCUGGUGGCGAUCAGCGGCGCCGUCUCUAGCCACGUCAACCGUGGCGUCAACGGUCAUGCCGCCCUGCUGCGCAGGGUCGCCAGCAGCGGUGAAAGCACCCAGGCUGGUGGUGCCGGAUCGUUCCCGGAAUCCGACAUGGAGAACUUCCUCGACACGACGGCCUCGCACCUUCAGGGCCAGGUGGGGGCCCAGAACCAGAAGACGGCCCCCAGCACUCAGGGCCUCAACGAUGACAAGACCAAGCUGCCUGGCGACCAGAAGACUGACCCUGCCACUCAGCCCGUCAAGGACGGCAAGACCACGCAGCCCGCGGGUAAGAAGACGGGUCCGGACACGCAGCCCGUCACGAACGACAAGACCACCGAGCCCAAGGGCCAGACCAAGGGCUCGACAUCGUCCCCCCCGAAGGGUCAGACGGGCUCGCAGGCCCAGAAGGGUGCCGGCAUCGUGGACCCGAACGAGAAGCUCGUUUCGCGCUGCCAGGUCGGCACGCCCAAGACGAGCGUCACCAAGGUCAGCUACAACAUGACGAUCGCCAUCGACCAGACCGACAACUCAUUCCGCGGCGCCAGGGUCGAGGAGCUGCACGGCAUCUCGACAGAGACCACCGACCCGUCCCUCAAGGUGACUGCUGGUGUCCAGGCCAAGAAGUCGCGUGCGGCCGGACCUGCUGCCCUCCUCGUCGCCAAGAACCAGGACGGCUCGGGACGCUGCGCGAACCGAAUUCCCCCGCAGUACCCGAUCAAGGACGGCGCCGACAAGGACGACGACAAGAACCACGGCUCUGGCGACAACGACAACGGCUCGGGCGCUAUCAAGAAGAGCCCCUCUACGACCAAGAGGGACGUUGGCUCCAAGGCGCAGGCGGCCAAGCGCCAGAACGUCUGCCUCGACUCUGUCGCCAAGGGUCAGACGACGGAGAAGAAGCAGAUCGACCGCAUGGUCGAUGCUAACGGCCACAACGUUGUCCAGGUCAGCCUCGAGAAGACCAAAGACGUUGACGAGUGGAAGCAGACGGUCACUCAGGCAAACGGACAAACAGAGGUGACCACCAUGAAGCUCGACGAGCACCUCAAGUACUUCACCGUCGGCCUGUACUGCGCCAACUGCACUGCCGGACAGAAGUACCACCGCGUCACGUUCGAGAACGUCCAAUUCUACCUCGAGGAGGACGACACCGACUUCGCCAACUCGCUCAACUGCACGGGCGCCGCCGCCGGCAGCCGCAUCCAGCCGAGCACUACCACGACGACGGCCAAGAUCGAUGGCUACCACGGCAGCUACAUGGAUGCCAGCAGGAACGGCAAGGGCAACCAGAAGGUCUACGUCCUCGAUGCCAUCACGCUUGGUGGCUCCGUCGGCCAGGUCACGACCGGUCAGACUGGCGCUGUGGCGCAGGGAGGCAAGACGACCGGUGGAAAGACCGGAAGCGGCAGCCUGGGCUCCAGCGCCUCUGCUAGUAACAAGGUCACCGGUAACGGCGCUGGCACUGGCACUGGCGCUGGCGCUGGCACUGGCACUGGCACUGGCACUGGCGCUGGCACUGGCACUGGCACUGGCACUGGCACUGGCACUGGCACUGGCACUGGCACUGGCGCUGGCACUGGCGCUGGCACGGGCGCUGGCACGGGCGCUGGCACGGGCGCUGGCACUGGCACCAGCACCGGCACUGGCACUGGCGCUGGCAGCGGCACUGGAGCUGGAGCCGGCAGCGGCACCUCCAACACCCCUUAG